GCAGUGUGAGCCGAGCAGUAAUGCGCGCGAUUGAGCCCUUCUCCCGGCCUCUCUCACGAAAGCGCUCUCCCGUUAAAAAUCUCCUGAUUUCUACUCUCCAGAGACGAGCCAAAUUGAUUUCGGACUUCAGAGCUUCGCUCCACGUUAAUCUGAUCAGAAUCCGGUGCAUAACGGAGUGCCUCAUUUUCUGGAUCCGUCGUGUUUCAGACUUUAGAGACACUUCAUUCUUGCUAGUGCCAUUGAAGGCAUGGAAUGAUUGUAUCAAAGAUGGCGUUCGCACGGUCGGCUCACCGAUACCAAUAAUGAUGCACCCAGUAGCAAAAACUUCAGUCCUUGCAUGUUUAACAACCGACUACUAUACCGACAUCAGUAACUCGGUAUGUAUCGACUUUAGCUGUUGUCUUGCAUCCAUUUUCAUGCAGGAAAAGGCUGGAAUCUUUAAAGCAUGGAAUCGAGAACAUGAGAGACAGACGAGCCAGCAAAGAAUGGAGUGGAGUGAGUUUUAGACAUUGUGACAAUUGACAUUCCACACAUUAGUUAGAGAGUGGAGUGAAACAUUGUUUAUAUAGGUGUAGAAACUUCUUCCUAGUCGACCAUUUUAAAACCUUGAGGGAAA